ACAUAGACAAGCUCAGUUCUGUGUUUAAAUAGUAACUAGAACUUUUUGAUUCUCUGUUGCAAUUAUUAUCGUUUCUAAUCAUUUUUUAAUCUUAGUCACCAAAACCUUCAAUAACCUUUGAACAUUUGUUAGUGCACUGAUUUCAUCUCCUCUGUUACUAUUGACGUUUAGAUCAGUAAUCUUAAUCUAAAAAUUUCUCGAGAUUGAUAAAAUUUUAUACAAAAUAUUAAAGUUUGUUUGUUUUAAUUGUGAUCAAGUGAAUUGUGUUCAAUAAACAUCAUUCUGUUUAUAAUUUAUCGAGUUUUUAUCAAACCAAAAAACUGAGCAAACAAUCAAUCCCUCAAGUUGAAAUAUUUUUGCAUGGAGAUCAUCAUAUUUGCAUUAAGCCAUCAACUUGAAUCAUCUCUUUGGUGAUAACUUUUCAUUCUCAUCUUCAAAUACUUUUUGAUCUUGUCAACGAUAUGGAUUGUCAACUCUCAUAUCAAACUAAUUGUUUCAAUCAUAACAAAACUUUCGACCAAGUUCAGUGACUAUUUUAUAUUGAUUGUGAUCCACUUCCAAUCAUAAUUAAUAACAAAUUACAACAAUGACUUGAAGAUUAACAGUUGAUUGUUCAUCAGAAAAGUUUAAACAUAAACUCAUCGUGAUCGUCACAAGGAUUGUUUGUUAGUAUAAAUAAUAACAUGAAAGAAAAACAUUUUUGUGAUAAAUUGUUACUUCUAAAGGUAAACUACAUUCCAAUCAAGUUAAUUAGUUUCUAUCAUCAUGUGAUCAUCAUUUCAAUUCUGUUUAUACUUCCUGUUUCCAUGGAAAUUGUAUCAUCACCAUUUAAAUCAUUUCUGCAAAUAUCUUCUCUUGAUGAAUCUCAGCAACGAUAUGAAUCAAUUCAAUCAUCUUCAUCUCCAUCAUCAUUAUCAGUGUCACUUCGUCCAAUUAAUUAUGAUAUUGAUUCCAAAUCAUCAAAACCUUCAAUCAAAGUAACUCGUGAUCUCUGUCCUUUAAUGGACUCUAAUGGAACCUCUUUGGGCUGUUCGUGUUACCAGUUUACCGAUGGACUUUACGUCGAAUGCCCAUCAACCGAUAUCGAGGCCAUUGCAACGACACUUCGUCUUCUUUCCAGUCCAGUUAAAUCAUUAACCAUUUACAAUCUUAAUGGAAACAUUACCUUUCUACCUUCAAGUGUAUUUACCAAUUCAACAAUUGAAUCGAUUCACAUAUCAUUUACUUCAUUGUCCAAUUUAUCUGAUUCUGUUUUCCAUGGACUUUCAGGUUGCCUUAGGUCACUUUCUCUGGUUAAUUCUAAAUUAAAGGUGUUACCUCAAUCCUCUCUAGCAGGCCUUCGAAGUCUAACAACACUUGACCUUGAGGCCAAUGAAAUCGAUGAGAUUGAAAGUUAUACAGCUUAUGGUCUUCCUCUGGAGACUCUCAAUCUUCAUGGUAAUCGAAUUUCAUCUUUACUUGAAUAUUCAUUUGGUGGCCUUGAGGCAACUCUCGAAAAGUUGACACUUUCAUCUAAUAGAAUUGAUGGUUUCCCUUUGGUGGCUCUUCGUCGUCUUCGUAAACUUCGUGAACUUAAACUUUCGGGAAACAAAAUCACCGACAUUACCGAUGAUGGGUUUACCCGACUCACAGCACUAACUACACUUGACCUUUCUUCAAAUGCCCUUCGAACUUUAUCUGAUAAAAGUUUCAUAACUAUGCCCAAACUCACAACUCUGUCUCUUUAUAACAAUAAGUUGACUUUUCUUGAAGAACGAACAUUUUUUACUCUGCUUGACCUUGAAUCGAUUGAUCUAAGCCACAACUCGCUUCGACUUCUUCCCUCCGAAUUAUUUGCAGGUUUAACUAAACUAAAGACGAUUGACAUUUCUCAUAACCAUCUUCACUCAAUCGAUUUUGGAACAUUUCAUAAUUUACCUUCACUAAGGGAACUUUAUCUUAAUCGAAACAAUUUGCUUCGAUUAAUCAACGAUACUUUUUGGAACUCAACUAACCUUUCAGUGCUUUGGUUAACCAAUAACGCGUUGACUGACAUUGAAUUUGGUACACUUUAUACUCUGCAACAUCUCAAUCAACUUCAUCUUUCAUUCAACUCGCUUCGAGCUAUACACCCAAAUCUUUUCAAAUACAACCACGAACUUCGUUCCCUUUCACUUGACAACAAUUUAAUUGCAAAUAUUCAACCAGGAACUUUUCAGGAGCUAGUAGAGCUUCGUGAUCUCAGAUUACAACGGAACUUAUUGAAAAAAGUUCGAAAAGGUGUUUUCUAUUCGUUCCCAAAUCUUCAGGAGCUUCAUCUUCAAAACAACCGAAUUGAGGUGAUUGAGAAUGAGGCACUGGCGAGUUUGGCUAAUCUUGAACUUCUCAACAUUCAGGGUAAUAAGUUGAUCGAAAUGUCUGAUUCUCUAUCCAAGUUUCCGUCCUCAUUGAAAUAUCUUCAACUCAAUAACAACACAAUCUACACUGUACACAAUGAUUCGUUAACAGGCCAGUCUGGCCUCGAAAUCCUUUGGUUAAAUUGGAAUAAAAUUCAAAAGUUGACUAAACAAGUUUUCGCUUCGUGUUCAGGGUUACAAAAGUUGUAUCUCGAAAAUAACGAGAUCUCAUCAAUUGAAGUUGGAACAUUUGAAUCUCUAAGCCAACUGAUUUACUUGAACCUCGAGAACAAUAAUCUUAAUCACUUGUCGGAAGGUGUUUUUCGUGGUGUUACCUCAUUAGCACAACUCUACCUAUCAGGUAAUCACUUGAUGGACAUUGAGCCAGCAAGUUUCAGUUCGUUGUCAUUGUCAUUAAGAUAUUUGUCAAUGUCUAACAAUCAGCUGUACGUUAUAAGAAAUCAUUUUUUCACCAAUCUUUCAAAUCUUGAUGAACUUUAUCUGUCUAAUGUUAUGGUAGAGGAAAUUGACCCUUUAACUUUUAGUUACUUGACCUCAUUGACAAUCCUCGAUCUGAGUGACAAUAAUUUAUCAUCCGACAAACUGGAUACAUUGGCACUUCCAUCCACCUUGAAGCACUUGAACAUCUCAUCAAAUAACGGGACAUCUUUGAAAAGCUACCAUUUCCUAUCGACAUCAAGUUUAUCCAUUUUUGAUGCUUCUUUUUCUGGAAUAUCUUCUUAUGAUAAAAUUGUAUCUUCGUCGUCUUCCUCAUCAUGUUCAUCUUUACACUCUCUUCCUUCAAGGAUAUUAUCUUUAUCCUCUAAUCGUCUUCGUCAUAUUGGCUCAGGCUCAUUUCGUCAUUAUCAGCACCUUGAGAAACUUAAUCUAUCCAAUAACUCACUUUCCACUCUUGACCCUGGGUCACUUGUUAAUCUUAAACAUCUUAAGUUUCUUGAUUUAUCUAAUAAUGUGAUGAGAUAUAUUUCAACUGAUGUUUUCAGUAAUUUAUCAUCACUCCAAUUCGAAGCGAUAACUAAAUUAACUUUAAGUCAAAAUCAUAUAAGUAAAAUAUCACCGGGAUCAUUUCGUCCGCUAAUCGGUUUGAUUUACCUCGAUUUAAGUUACAAUGAGUUAGAAAUUUUACCUGAAGAAAGAUUAUCUGGUUUAAUUCACCUGGAAUUGCUCAAUGUUACCCAUAAUCAUCUAGUUGAGUUGCCUUAUUUUGGUCCAUCACCUUCAUCCUCAUCUAAUCUUAAAACAGUUGACCUUUCAUAUAAUAGAUUGAGUCGCCUUGACACCCUCGGACAUUUGGGCGAUUCACUGACCACCUUAAUCCUAACGGGCAACUCAAUAUCUUGGAUUGCCAACAAUGCUUUCCAAAAUUUAACAUCUCUUUUAACACUUGACCUAAGGCAUAACUUUUUAACUCACAUGUCAGUGGUUCCCCUUGAAACUAUUGAAGUGACCAUUGACCAGCUCUACCUAACUGGUAAUCCAUUACAUUGUGAUUGCCGUUUAUUAUCCCUCUGGGAAUGGUUACAAAGUCAUUCACGUUUACUUGGAUCAGCUGAUCAAGACAAGGAUUUAUCAUGUGCUGGUCCAGGUAAAUUGUUUUCAUCGAUGAUUUUAAGUUUACAUCCAGUUGAUUUCUGUCCCAUACCAACCAUAUCAAUCCUUGAGGUGUACAAACUUGAUCCGCAAGGGAUAACAAUUCACUGGGAGGUUACCAAUGAAAGUCUUGUCUCGGGUUACACAAUAGAUUAUCAUGUUACAUCAGCAAGAUUUCCGGUUCCUGUUUCGAAAGAAUUGUCUCCAUUGCAACGAUACGUUACCCUUGAAAAUCUUUCAAGUGAAACUUGGUACACAGUUUGCCUACACGCUAACGAAAAGUAUCUUAAAAACAAUGGCAAACCUCGAGCUUACGUGGUGGGUCAGCAAAGAAUAAAUUACGCUGAGUAUUCACCAUCAAAUCGAAAAUGCAUUCAGGCUCGGACGCUUGCAGCCAAUGAAAAGACUCGAAUGUCGAUAUCAACUGUUGGAAUCAUCGUCAGUGUUUCUAUUUGUGCUGUUUUCAUUAUAAUUCUUGUUGGCCUACUGACUUCGAUCAAUAUAAAGCGAAAGAGACGGAAACGGACAGUGAAAGAUGAGGUUCCAGAAGAGUACAUUACUUAUAGACAUUUUUCACUUCCAACCCUGACAAAUGCUGAUAUGUAACUAAUUAACUUCUCUGUAAAUAUGAUUAGCAAUUAAAUAAACAUUCAUAUGAAACCAACUGAAUUUGUAUUAUAAAACAUAACAAAGUAAACUUUCAACUCGAACUCUUUAUUCAAAUGAAUUGUUGUUCUACCUAAAAUAAUAAUACUUAUAAAAAGUAUUGAUAACAAUUGAAAAUCAUUCUCUUGUCAUUAACUAAAUGUAAAUAAACUCAAUUAACUUUUAUUAAAACAUUUUAACAUAUUGGAAUAUUUAAUAACCAAUGAAAUUACAAAUUGAA